UUCAAGAUGGCGCCGCCCGCACCACCCACUUCUGUUGAGGAAAUUGGAAGUGGUACUGGAGCCGAGGGAGGUGGUAAUGUUGCCAGUGGCCAAACCAAUACCCAAAAUGGCCCCCAGUUAUGGGAGAGACCAUGGUCUAUUGAUGAAAUACGAAAGUCUGCUAGUAAUUGGAAACUGGCUGGAGAUGCUGGGUUAUUACAUCAUCUUCAAGAAUUUUCUCAGAAAAUCUUAUCACGAACUCAUGAAAUUGAAAAAUCAGUGGAAGGGUUGAUACAUGAAGCAAAGUUAACCGAUGUAAGAGUGAAUAAUGUGUUUAAUGAUUUUAUGAUGUUAGCUAAUACACAGUUUGUAGAAAAUAGAGUGUAUGAUGAAGACAUCAGUCAAGCAGAAAAAAAGGAAGAUGACACAAAGAAAGAUAAAGAGAAAACAAGGGAGGAGAGAGAAGCAGAACUUAUUCCUAAAGUUACAAUGGCGUUAAAGUUUGGUAUAGAUGUAAUUGACCAGGCAUUUGAAACGCUGGAUUCUAAUAUCGCUAAUUCAGACUCAGAGGAGGAGGAUGAUUCUAAUUAUAGAAUUGAUCCGAUUUUAGAGGCAAAGGAUCCGUAUGUUACCCGACCUCUGCCAUGUUUAAUAGGUAGUGCUGAUUUCUUACAAGAUGACAAUGUUGGUUUAACAGAAGACAUUUCAGAAGAAGAUGCCACAGAUCAUGGGAGUAUUAGUGAAAGUGAGUCGGAGAAAGAAGAUUUAGAUCAAGAUUCAGAGUCUGAUUAUUCUGAUUCGGAUGAUGAUGUACCAGUUAAAACAAAAGCUAGGACUCAAACCAAAUCAUCUGGUACCACCCAGAGUGAUAGUGAAGAAGAAAGUGAUGAUGACAUGUUUGGUAGUAAAAGUAAAAAGAAGAGAGAAACAGACAGUGAUGGUAGCUAUAGUGGUAGUGAUGGUGGCUCAGAGGAAGAAGGGGAGAGCGAGGUAGCUGUGAAAGAGACAAGUAAUGCUGUACCAGAUUUUGCAUCCGAACUAGCAUCACGUCUGGGAGUACCUGCUGCCAAACCAGAACCAAUACAUGAAGAUACUGAAGAACAUCAAGGUGAGAAAUCAGACAGCAAGAAAAGUAAAAAGAGUAGAAAAGAUCGAAGUAAAAGUAAAUUAAAGACAAAUAAAGAAGAAGAACCUGAUUUGUUUGGAAGUAGUAAACAAGAUGAUGAUGAUGGUUUGUUCGCUAAGAAAGGGGGACUAUUUUCUUCUGGUGGAGGGUUAUUUGAUGACGAUGAUGAUGAUGGAGGUGGUUUAUUUGAUGAUGAAAAACCAAAGAAAAAAACAAAAGUAGAAAAAAAGAUAAUUGAAGAAGAUGAUGAUGAGAAACCAGAAAUAAAAGAAGAACCUGCUAGACCAAGGACUAAAAGUGGUAAAACCAUACCAAAGGGUGCUGUUUCUAUAUUUGGAGGAGGUGAUGAUGAUCUGUUUGGAGCAUCAGUUAAAAUUACAGAUGACCCCCCUCCUCAAAUAACUAAACCAGUCAAAAAAUCUGGCGGAGGCGGGCUAUUUGACGAUGACGACGAUGAAGACCUCUUUUCCGCCAUUUCAUCUAAACCCACGUCUGCUAAAACAGAAACUGUUGGUAAAAUUGCCAGUAAACCCAAGUCAUCAUUGUUUCUGGAUGAUGAUGAUGAUGAAGGAGAUCUGUUCUCUAAUGUGGCAUCCCCACCUGCUCCUAUACCAGUAGUUGAUGAACCAAAAACAACCAAUAAAAAGCCAGAGAAAAAGAUACCAGCUGGUGGUGUAUCUAUGUUUGGGCCUGGACCAAAUCCUCUUGCAGCAGCCUUAAAGAAAAGACUUGAUCCAAAAUCUGAUGACGAGAAUGAUGAUUGGUCGGAGGAAGAAAAGCCUCGCAGCAACAGCAACCAAUCAAAAGGCUCAUCUUCUGGAAGUCUGCCACCAUCAAAAAGUGUUGAUAGUUUAAGAAAAAGUGAGCGAAGUGGUUCUAAGUCUAGUAAUACUGGUAGCCUAUUUGAUGAUGACAUAGAUGAUGAACUAUUCUCUACAAAACCCAAGACAGAUAUUAAACCAAAAGUACCAUCAGCUUUGUUUGAUGAUGAUUUAUUCAAAGAUGAUAAAAAGUCAGACACGAAAUCAGAAAAGAAAGAAGACAAAAAGCCAGCCGCUAAAAAAGAUAGUUUAUUUGACGAGGAUGGAGGAGAUGACCUGUUUGGGUCAAUUUCAAAACCAAAAGAAACGGAAAAGAAGAAACCAGUUGGAGGAGUCUCCUUAUUUGGUGGUGCUGACAUUUUGAAGAAAAAGGAACCAAUUGCAGAAGUCAAAAAGGAGGAAGACAAGAGUAAAGUAAAGAAAGAUAAAAAUAAAUUAUCGUUAUUUGAUGAUGAUGAUGAUGAAGAUGGUGGUGACCUGUUCAGUUCGUCAUCAUCAUCAUUAUCUACAGCCAGUAAAACUUCAAAAUCUAAAGACACAAAGAAAACAAUAGAACAGACAAAGAAAGCUGUGGGCGGGGGAGGUAAAAGUCUAUUUGAUGAUGAAGAUGUUUUAUUUGGAACCAAGGAAAAGGAGGCACCAUCUGUAGAUCUGUUUGGUAGUAAUACCCCAGCAGCUCCAGCUGAGAAACCAAAGACAGCCGUUAAAAAAGAAACAGUUGCCCCAAAGAAACCUUCCAAAGCUAGUGCACCCACUGGAGGAUUAUUUGAGGACGAUGAUGAUGACGAUCUUUUUGGGUCAACGAAGAAAGAAACGAAAAAAGAUAAAGUAGAUAUCGCAGGUGUUACAGAAACAGAAUCAACAGAUCUUCCUGAAAAAGAUGAGCCACCAAAGGAAGAAAAGCCAGCAGCCACUAAACCCAAGAAACCUGUAGGAGCUGUUUCUAUGUUUGGUAGUAUGGAUCCAUCUGCCCUACUUAAGAAAAGGAAACCGAUUGAUCCACUGGGAGAGACAGAUGGUGAGAAAGAAAAGGAAAAGGAUGUGAAGAAGGAAGGAGAGAAAACAGAAAAGGAAGAGAAUAUAGAAAGAAAAGAAAACAAAGAAAAAAGUAAAAAAUCGGAUGACUUGUUUGGUUCAGAUGGAGAAGAUGAGAAGUUGGUUAGUAGAAAACCAGCACCACCUAAAACCUUACCUAAAACAUUACCUAAAACCCUUCCUAAACCAGCCCCCAAACCAUCCCUUAAACCAUCAGGUUCCACGCCCUCAUCACCAGAAACAGCUUCACCAUCUCCAACCUCCCCAUCAGCUAGCAAACCAUGGAAACCAGCCGGUGCUGUCUCUAUGUUUGGUGGCAUGGAUCCACUCGCGGGAUUGAAGAAGAAACAAGGUGCCAGUUUUGAUAAAGGUUCACCCACAGAAGAAGCACCCAAAUCAAAUGAUACCCAAACUGAAACAAAAAAUACUGAUGAUAGAAAUGAAGUAUCAAAUCAUACAGAGAAUGGUGUCCCAGCAGCACCAGCUUUAGAUAAUGAUAUUAUGGGUGACUUGCCUGAUUUCUCUAGCAGAACUUCUCGACCAAUCAAAACUGGUGUUGGUAAAAUAGGAGCGCUUCAGGCAAAUUUAGCCAUCAACCCAUCUGCCUUAUUACCAGGUGCUGCACCACCAUCUAAUACACCAGAACCAGCACCAGCAGGAUUUGAUGAACCAGCAGAAGCUACAACUUUAGCGAGCGCCAAUAAGGAAAGAGCAAAAAUAUCCAGAAAGAGACGUCCACAAAGUAGAUACGCCAGACGGUCACAAGUCUUUGAUGCCAAUAUAAAUUAUGAAGAUUUUGCUUCCAUGGGAUCGCCGAUAGAAACUCCGUCAGAAAAUCCAUUAACGAAUGGAUUACCCAAUGGAAAUGAAAGUCCAGAAAAAUCAGAUACAACUCCAGAAAAAUCAGAUACAACUCCAGAAAAAUCAUCUCCAGAAAAAUCUUCUCCGCCAAGAGAUUUAUUCGGAAAUGAUGAUUUACUUAGUGAUUUAAGUUCGGAAAAAUCUAAACCAAUAUUAACAGAUGACACUAAGGACACUAAAGAUGUUUUCAGUUCAGGAAAGUUUUCAUCAGGGGCAAGUAACUCUAAAGACUCAGAUAAGCCAACAGACAAUGCAGACGAUUUGUUUAGUGAUCUAGGAAAAAACAAAAAGGAGAAACCAAGUGAACAAAAAACAGACAAAGAGGAUUUAUUUUCACCAAGAGCAAGUGAAAAGAAAAGUGAAAAAUCUAGUCUUUCAAAAGAAAAAUCAAAAUCUUCAAAGCUAGUGAGCGAGGAUGACGAUUUAUUUGCGAGCUCGUCAAUAAAAGACUCUAAAAAAGAUAAAAGUGAUAAAGGUCGCUCUAAAACAACCCAAGAGGAAGACGACAUAUUUGCCGAUGCCAGCAUUAAUAAAAAGAAAACAGCAUCUAAAACAAAGCCUGCCGCAUCAAAAGCUGAUGAUGAUAUUUUUGCUUCAAGUAGUGUAAAUAAAAAAGCAACCGCUAAAUCAAAAACUGAGGAUGAUGAUAUAUUUGCGGGUGCUGCACCUAGUAAAGAAGAAAAAAAGCGAAGACCGAAAAAAGCAGCCACGAAAGACGAGGACUUGUUUAAAGAUGACACAGAUAUAUUUGCUGACAUUCCUGCUUCCAAACCUAAAGAACCUAAAAAGAAAAAGAAAGCCACAACGGAAAAAAAGGGAAUAUUUAAAGAUGAUAUAGAUGAUAUAUUUGCCGAUUCUACACCAGUUGUUGGUAAAGCCAAAAAGGAUUCUGGGAAGAAGAAAGAGGAAGUAAAAACUAGCGAAAAGAAGGAAGAUAUAUUUGAGGAUCCUCUUGGAACGAAAUAAUAUAUUUACUUAAUUACAAAGUACAUAAUUGAAUUACUCAAGAAUUUUAGGAGAUACAUAUUAUAUAGGCCUAGCCUGUUCCCCAGUCCAGAUGUCAGUUUGUGAAAUAGAAAUAUUGUUUCCAAAAUAAAGUUUUAUAUUUUAAAAUUACUUGGGAUAUAUAUAUAGGCCUCGUUGAUUCCACAAUCCACAUUUCAUUUUGUGACAUAAAAAUAUUAGUGUCAUACAUUCAAUAUUAGUUUAACAAUGCUUACAAUUAAAGUGUGAAUAAAAUUCCAUUAUUUAUUUAAAAAUUUGUCAAAUUUGGAUAGAUAACACAAAACUGUGGGAAUAUUAAACCAAAAGUGUACCAAUUGCUACAUUAUACAAAGGUAGUGAUCACCAUUUAAUAAACUUGAUAAGACUGCAUUAAAAUGAAAGUAGUUUAAUCCAGGGUGCAUUUUGUUCAAAAUUCCUUUUAUACUGUCAUCCAAAAUAUAUACUGGAUUAAACUACUGAAUUAAACUUGAUAAGACUGUAUUAAAAGUGGUAUAUUCCAGGGAAUGUUUCAUGUGACAGCCCUUUACCAAAUGUCAGCCAAAAUGCAUCCAGGAUUAAACCACUUUAGUUUCAACAUUGUUUUCUAAAGUUUGUUGCUUGGGGAUUUCUAUAAUCGGUUCUAGGAUUUUUUCUUUUUCUCCUCCAACAGCAUCAUGACAGAGUUCCCAGCAUGCCUGCACUGUUGCAGGGAUUCUUGCACUUACCGAAUGAACUUGUAUGGGUUAUUGCUACAUUAAAUAACUUUUGAUCAAUUUAGUUAUUGUUUAUAUUUGUUGUACUUUCUUCAAUCGUUUCGUUUUUUAUAGUUCAAAAUUUCGUUUUACUUGUCCUAACUACACUAGGAUCUGGAAGGGUUGUUAUCAUUGAUGUGUUCUGGAUGGUGUUAGGGGAAACGAUCUGUUACGGCGAGCUUUAGGCGUGUUUUGCACGGAACUGUUGGUAAUCCAUUAGAAACAUCAAUGCUGAUUGGUUAAUCAAAUGUCUGAUGUCAUAGGGUCAAAAGCUGCUCGUAUGACCUCUGGCGUGACCUAUCGCUACAACUUGUCAGAUCUUCAUGUAGUGUAGGCCAUCGAAAGUAUAAAAAAUGAAACGAAAUAUGGAUCUGUAUUUUGAUCAGAUUGUACUUUUCUUAUAUUAGCAAGCAAUUAUAAAAUAAAUCACCAUGGCAAUGAACAAGCUAUAAUUUUAUAUUUAUAAUACUCUGCUUUAUUGGCACAAAUUAAAUAAAGGUUUGAUGCAUCAUUUAGCACUAUAGGAAUUCAUUACAAACUACAAUAUUGGGAUAUCCAAAAAUGGUUCAAUUCCUUUCAAUAUUUACAAAGUUCUGAUAUAUUGAAAUUUUAAUGCUGCUCGCUAUGUAACAAGACGCUGCCAUCUUUUAUCGGUAGUGGAGAAACCGGAUGGGUCUAGUUUAAAUCUGAUUGAAUCCGAGGUGGAAGAUAUCUAGCGUAUCUUUUUUUUCUGUUAAAUAAUCAUUCAGAGCACAUAUUAGCGUUAAUUAGGGCAUGAGAAAUUUGAUAUUUUAAAAAAAAUGCAAAUGAUGAAUCAAGUCUUUAAUGCAGAAAAUAUAUGCACAAGAUCAAAUAUUGACUCUCCUCAGGUCAAGAAUAAAAUAAUGCAGGUACUGACUCACUAGAAACAAAUUAUGAGGAGAUCACAGUGUGUGUGUUUCAAAGUCUACAAUUGCUUUACGCUUGAAAAUGUUUGAAAUGAAUGCAUUUCUAGCAUUGGACAUAUUUAACUUGCGUUUUGUCCUUCUUUCUAUGGACAAAUGAUUAUUCGAAAUUUCAAAUCCAACAUUCAACAUGAUAUAUGAUCGAGGAAAAUAAUUUAUUUUGAUUAAAGAUAAUCGUGCAAUUUAUAUUAAAAUAGAAACUGCCUGUUUCAAGUGCACAUAUAUACCGGUAUAUGUAUAUAGUAUUUAUGGAAGAUACUUUUAGCUCAACAUUUUAUCAAAUAUGGUGCUGUAUAUUGUGAUGUGCUAAAAAUCAAAAACAAUAUAGGAUGAUGAUUUUCGGUGACCCACCAUACCCCAAACCCCUCUCUACAACAAAAAACCCCACUGAAAACCGGCUAAUAACAAAAAUCAGGUUUCUUAUUUGCCCAUGAGAAUUUUAGUCACAAACUUGUAUUUAUGUGAUAUUCAGUAUGGUCAAUACUGUUAUUUGAAAUUUCAUAAACUCAGAUUCCAAAUUAAAUAAUAUAAUAUUAAAAGAUCUAAUUUCAUUUAACUAACAUUGUAUUAUCUUGUAUCUCAACAAUGUGUUCUUACUUUACACACAUCGACCAUUUAUAUGGAAUACCAGCGCUGUUGUACUGUACUUAUAGUACCAUGUUUCAACCUGGGGUUUUUUGGGGGUUUUUUUUUUCAAGCACAGUGUUUCUUAAUGUGCUCAAUCGCUAAAAAGCUCUCAAGGAUUGUGUUGUUACUAAUAUGUAUGUUAAAAGCUCUUAUAUUUAGUAGGGGAGAUUGUAUGGCCGAAUGUUUAUUACAUGCCCAUUGUACCAUAAGGUCUGUCAAUGAGUCAACUGGCGUGGUUGCCUGUUCAACCUAGUGGGUUUUCUCUGGGUCCUCUGGUUUCCUCCCACUGCUAAAGACCCUUACACACAAGUGAAUUAUGGAAAUAAAAUUGAACCAUGUGUUAGUCCCAAAAUGACCUAGUUUGAGUUGAGUGGACGUUAAACCCCAUUUCUCUCGCUCUCUUAUAUUUAGUUACUAAAAUAAAUGGGAAAAAAUGAAUUUUCAUUAUUUAUUUUUGAAACGGAAAAUCAUCAUCCCCAAAAAUUGUUAUAGAAUUUAAAGAUCUCUAUUAUAAUAUAAUUACUAAGUAGCUGUUUUGAAUAGAUUAUAUUUUGUAUGAUAUCGUAUAGUUAAGUAUAUGGAAGUGCCUUAUUGUGUAUUAAGGGUGGUAUGCGCCAGUCGAUCUUAAUCUAUCUUCUAGAGACAGGGAUUAAAGUUUCCAUGGUCACUCUUGUUGUCACAACAAAAUGAAAAUUAUGCUAUUUAAUUUAACUUAAAAUCCUUUACGGAUCAAUAAUCUAUUUCUAUGUAAAAGGAUAAAGCCUCAAGCAAAUGGCAACACAUUUUAUAAUCAAAUGUAUCUGUCAAAUCCGAACCAUCCUUCUCAGAUUGAUAAAUCCCAACUUGAGAAUGUCUAUAUAUUCAAAGAAUAAAGCCACAAGCAAAUGGAAACACAUUUAUAAUCAAAUGUAUCUGUCAAAUCGGAACUAUUCUUUUCAGAUUGACAAAUUCCAAGUUGAGAAACGUCUGUAUAGUUGAAGACAUAAAUAUUGUGGCAAAGGUGGGAGGGGGUCCUGCUUCAAUUUAGUUCUUGCUUUACUGACCCAGUUAAUGUGAAAACUUUAAUUCUUGUAUCAGGAGGUUGUUAUAUUUAGGUAUAUUUUAAGGGCAGUAAAAUAAUGAUAUCUGUCAUGGAUUUAAUAUUCCAGCCCAAAUAUUUCUCUUAUGUUUGAAUGGAGCAUGAAAUUUGUGUAAUGUUUUUGGGAAGAGAUGUUAAAAAGAAAAUAAUAAUUUGUUUACUUGUUUUGAGAAAGGGAUAUUUAAAUUUGUUCCCUCAAAAUUUGGUUUCGUAUUUUUUUUUUAAUAUUUAAUAUCUAUAAUAUACAUGUACUUAACAACUUUAAUGAUGUCAGUUGAUCGGUUAUACAUGUCUUUCCUUGAAAGGUUGAUUAAUUAUUUGAUAUGUCUUUGAUUGACAAAUUGAUCAAUUAUACAUGUCUUAGCCUGAAAGGUUGAUUAAUUAUUUGACAAGUCUUUGGUUAACAAGUUGAUCAAUUAUAUAUGUCUUUGAUUUACAAGUUGUUCAAUUAUUUGACAUGUCUUUGAUUCACAAGUUGAUCAAUUAUUUGACAUGUUUUUGAUUGAAAAGUUUACCAAUUAUAUAACUGUAACUGUUUCCACAUGUAAAUGGAUGCAUCCUACAUUUUUUUUGAUAUGUUAAUUAUAUGAUUUUGAUAUUUGAUUUUGCUUGCCUCAGUCUUAUUGAUUGUUUGAUUUGUUGAAUUUGAGGUGUGAAACAAUUGUAAUGUUAAUGCCUCAAGGAAUAUUAUUUAGGAAAUAAAAUGGACUUUAACUAUCUGAAGCACAUUGAAACUUUCUGUAAAGAAAUACAAACUUUAUGAUUGGCUGUAAGUCCCCAAAUUCCCUGCUAAUUAUAAUGAUGACUUUUCGGAUAGGCUCAAUAUUUUGAUCUGAAAUGUUCAGAUAAGGUACAUAUCAUCACAUUUUGGCAUUUGAUUUGCAUACUUAAACCCACUUUUAUUCAUGGUGUCAUGUGACAUGUACAGAUGUUUUCGAUUGGUCGAAUCUAAUCAGUCUCCUGUUUGAUUUGUUUGUUUUUUUGAUUGGUUGAAACUAGUAAUUGUUAUAGUUAUUUUUGUAAAUCUUGUAAAUAAUUAAUAAAAUGAGAAACGUAUAAUAUAUAUAAGUAAAGAUAUGUAAUUUAACAUUUUUUUGUGUACAAGAUUUAACAAUGUACAGGUAGAUUUCAUUAAAAUUUAUCCUUAUUUAUC